ACGAGGAAAAAGCAAAAUGGCGUUUGACGGAGAAGACAUGACUGUGGUCAUUAUUGUUUUGUGUUUUUAAUUCAUUCCUACACGUACACAUAUAUACCGUGGAUAUAGAUACACGGAAGUUAUCGACACAUUGCCAAGCAGGGUGUGAGUGUAAAGUGUUGUAAUUGUGUGAAAAUGUGUGAAAGAACCAUAGCAAAGUACGAGGAGGAACCUUCUCCAACAGAAGAGAACGAGCGACGACUGGACGCUGUUUUCGAGAAGCAUCAAGUUGAGCACAACAGAGCAGAUGUUAGUGAAGAACAUCGUCCCUCUGAGCAGCAGGAGUGGAGCUCCAGGGUGGAGCAGGAGGAGCCACAGCCCCCCCACAUUAAGGAGGAAGAAGAGGAGCCACAGCCCACCCACAUUAAAGAGGAAGAAGAGGAGCCACAGCCCCCGCACAUUAAAGAGGAAGACGAGGCUCACAGCAUCUGUCAGGGGGGAGAGCAUCUUGGGGGACUGAAGGAGUUUCCAUUGGUUGACGUCCUGGUGAAGAGUGAAGACGAUGAAGACAAAGGUCAAACUUAUGAGAAGAGAGAGGUGGAGCCUCCAAGCAGCAGCUCGACUCAACAGAUGACGGCAGAAGCUGAUGGAGACCACUGUGGAGGAUCACAGGCAGACAACCUCUUAGCUCCACUAUCAGAUGACAACACCGUAUCACACUCUCCUGAUAUUGAUGAUGACAACUCUAAAGCGGAUAUGACAUGUUACGCUGACAACACACACUUUAAAUGCUCUCAAUGUGGGAAAACAUUUAAUCACCGAAGUCACCUGAAAGAUCACAUGAGAAUUCACACAGGAGAGAGACCCUUCGCGUGCUCAGUUUGCGGUAAAAGAUUCUCUCAGAAAGGAAGUUUGACAAUACACACAAGAAUGCACACGGGGGAGAGAAAUUUUUCCUGUUCAGUGUGUGGAAAAGACUUUGCACGAAAAUAUGAGGUGAAGGUGCACAUGAGAAGACACACCGGGGAAAAACCUUUUACCUGCUCAGUUUGUAGUAAAAGCUUCUCUCUGAAGGCGCAUUUGAUAACACACACAAGAGUACACACGGGAGAGAAACCUUUUUCUUGUUCAGUCUGUGCUACAAGUUUUAAACGAAAUCAGUGUUUGAAAAGACACAUGAAAACACACACUGAGGAGAAACCUUCUAGCUGCGGAGUGUGCGGCAAUGGACUAUCUCAGAAGUCACUCAUGACAACGCAUGCUGGAGAGGAACCUUAUACCUGCUCAUUCUGCUGUGUACAGUUUGCUCAAAAGUCUUAUUUGACAGAACUUUCCACAAUACACACUGGAGGAGAGAAACUUUUCACCUGUUCGGUCUGCGGUUUAAGCUUUGUUCGGAAUUCGGAUCUGAAAGCACACAUUAGAAUACACUCUGGAGAAAAAUCAUAUUCUUGCUCAAUCUGCAACAAACGCUUUAGUGUCCUUGCGCCACUGGUAGAACACAUGAGAGGACACACUGAAGAAAGACCAUAUUACUGUUCAAUCUGCAACAAAAGCUCUUAUGACCGGGCAGCCCUUGUAAGACACAUGAGAAGACACACGGACGUCAGUGAAGAUGCUCUCCCCCCUGCCCAGCAGGAGCAGGAACCGCGACCGCCCCGUAUUAAAGAGGAAGAGGAGGAAAACUGCAUCAUUCAGGACGGAGAGCAUCAUGAAGAACUGGCGGAGUUCCCAGUGAUUGGUAUCCGUGUGAAGAGGGAAGUUAAUGAAGACAAAAGUCAAAGUGGGGAGAAGAGAGAAGUGGAGCCUCUAAGCAGCAGCUCAAUUCGACACAUGACAACGGAAGCUGAUGGAGAGCGCUGUGGGCCACAAACAGACAGCCUCUUAGCUCCACUUUCAGGUAGUGACGACACAUCACACUCUCCUGACUCUGAUGAUGAAGACCCUCGAGUUGAUUUGACAUGUCGUGCUAACACCGCACACUUUAAAUGCUUUCAGUGUGGCAAAACUUUUAAUCACCGUUUCAAUUUGAGAGUACACAUGAGAACACACACGGGAGAGAAACCAUACAUUUGUUCGGUGUGUGGUAAAAGUUUUACACAGAAAUCAAGUUUGACAGCACACAUGCGAAUACACACUGGAGAGAAACCUUUUUCCUGCUCGUUCUGUGAUUCACGUUUUGGGCAAAAUCAAUCUUUGACAAUACACAUGAGAAGACACACUGGAGAAAAACCAUAUUCCUGUUCAAUGUGCAACAAAAGCUUUUGUGACCGAUCAGCACUUGUAGUGCACAUGAGAAGACACACAAGGGAGAAGAAAGAGAGAUGCAGUGUGUGCGAUGAACGAUUCUUUUAUAAGUACCAGCUUCACAAUCACAAGUGUGCUGGUAAGAACGGCAGCAGCACGUGAAGCUGCGGGACUUGAAAUAAACUCAAGACUUUGAUUAUUGUUUUUUUUUGUUUGUUUCAAAAUGGCGCAGUUUGCGUGGUGGCUAGUGUUCCUAUCCAUCCCCUUUGUGAUUUUUUUAUGUUUCUAUCUUCCUUUUGCGUGUUUUUACUUCUUGGUUUCAACCUCUUUGGAAUUGUACAGCAAGAGUGUAAUGGCAAUUACUAUAUUUUACCAGUAUUCCAUUUGAUUUUACUAGUAUUAGUUAAAGUUAUGCACUAACAUACAUAUACAGUAUAUGUACUUUUGCCAAUAUAAGCAUUUAUUUUACACUUGUUUGUCAGAAGCAGCAAGUGCCACAUUGUAAUGAACAGACAGAGGCCAUCUGCCUUCAAAACAAAUGUAAUUCUCUCAAAACAAAACUUACCCCCACCCUCAGUGAUCUAACUAACUAAUCAGACUGCUACAAGUUUGAGGUAAAGUUUCUUAUUUUUUGCUGCGGACUGAAAACAUGUGGGUUUGAGAUCAAAAGACCAAUACGACACCAACAUUUCAGCUUUCAUUUCCAGGUAUUGGCUUAAUAUUUGAUAUUUGUGUUAUAUUUAUAACUUUAAACAGCACUUACUGUUUGAACCCACCCGUAUUGGAACAUGUGACUGAUAGGUGUGAUUUGUCGCCCAUCUGUGCCCUACUGCAUCGUUUAUUCGAUCAAUAAAAGUUUCAGAUUGGGUAGGAUAGGUUUUGGCUGUGUAGACUGCAUUUUGAGGUGAAAACAACAUGAAAACCAGAGACCUGUCGAUGGGUGAAAAGAUUGAAAAUUGUUUCCAAAUGUGUCUAAAACUGUGUUUGCGAGCAUUUCUUUUUUUGCCCAAACAAUCCAUCCACUUCACAGGUGUGGCAUGCAGGUAUUUUCUCUCCAGUACUCUGGGAUAGACUUUCCCAGGGAGGCUGAGGAGUUGGAACGCACGCUUUCAUCAAAAUUGGUCCGUCACAGAAUGGAUUUGGCGCUUCCCGUUCGCCCUCGCUCAUGAACAAAGUAUAAGGACUGUCACACCGCUUCAUAACACACCUCAUGCGCACUUGGCUUGCCAGAGAAUCAGUUGAGACCUGUUUUGCAGUUGAGACCCGUUUUGCCAGUUUUGCAACUCGGACGCUAAAUUUAGCAGGUAGAGGACGGGUGCAUUAAAUGUGAACGACGACAUUUUGGGUCGGGUUUGUUGCACCAUGCAGUUUUUGGUAGUUAAAUACAAGCGGCCACAAAAGGCAAAGGAAAAAUAGAGCAAAAAUGUGUAAUCUAACUAAGAAAAGCUGAAAUGUUGAUACCAAUAACUAAUAAAAACACAAAGAUUUGUCUUUAAAUUAUUAGCCUUUUUCCAAAAAAUUGUAAAUAUCAAAAUAUGCAGCUCGCAGUGGACAAAGAGUGGUAGCUACCGUUUUGGUGUUAAAAUAAGGCUAUAUUUAGUUUAUAAUUCUCUUUUACCUUGACAUGCCACUAGCAGUCUUCCUCUGAAGUGUCACCUGACCACUGUGGCAUGUCAUUUAUCAGCUGAUCUUGCUUGGUGUGGUCCACCAGGAUGAUCUCUGGAGUAGAGUCCCGAGUGUGAGAGAGCAUAGACGCUUCCUCAUCUCGAUUGGCGGUAUCCUUGGUCAGUUUGCUUACUGUAUUUUGAUCACAUCCUUAAUCAGUCGUUGGUGUUUGUUGGUUUCUGUCUUGAUUGUUUUGGCCUUGUCCCAGUCCACGAUGUGGUUAUUUCAUAAAAGGGGCCCUAUCCCUCUCAUUUUAGGGAUUUUAAAAUGAUAUCGCAUCCCAGUGGGGCACUAUAACGCGUUUCCUGCAAUAAAGCACUCAAGAAAUCCGAAGUAGCGUACAAGGUUAAAUCUGCAUUUUUCUCCUCUUUGCCAAAAUGCCCCAAUUCCACAGUUUGCUCGCCCAACCGCGCCUACUCUGUUGCAAUUUGUCAGGGGUUCAAGCCGUGAAAAUAUUGCGAAAAUUUUGGAGUGGCAUGGAAAUUUAAGCAGGGAUAAGUUUCACACACCCCAGCCUCAUGAUAUGACAAUCCCAAGACAUGUAGAACAAGAGGACAACAUUUUAACAUAUAUAUUGCAAAUGGAUAGGACCCCUUUUUGGGUUUCCUGUUCUGAUUUUUGAUUAUGGGUUCUUGUCAGUCGUCCUGUUGUUCUUUCAAUGUGUUCAGUGUCCUUCCUGUUUUUACCACGUAUGGCA